UUGAGCCACACCUCCAGCCCUUGUGUGUUUUUUUCAAAUGCUAAAUUGUGACCAUGUAGAUUUUGAAAACACUGUGUUCAAGCAUUUCACACCUUUCUAAGAAAGGUACUCAGAAAAUACCAGAAGUGUUAGCAAUGAUGAAGUCAAGAAGGUUGAGCCUUCUUAAUACUUUAGGAUUUAUUUUUAAACAUUUCAUCAAUACUUAAUUGUGUGUGGCAUUUUGCAUAGAAUGACUGUAGAGUGGUUGAAUGCUAUUUAAGAAACAGUCAGAAGAUACAGUAAAGAGCACUGCUGCUGCCUGAAGAAAGGCUAUGGAGAGAGAUGUUGGCUGCCUGACAGAGACAGACUUUGCUUUCCUUUCAGUGUAGCCAAGAACCUUGGCACUGGCUGGUGUGAAGUCCUAGUUAAGAUCUCAGGACCAGUUUAAGAAGGACGUAUCCCAUCCAUUGUGAAAGUGGAAAAGUAAAGAAUUGUUCAUCAUGCCUGCUGUGGCCUCCGUUCCUAAAGAACUCUACCUCAGUUCUUCACUGAAAGACCUCAACAAGAAGACAGAAGUUAAGCCAGAGAAAAUAAGCACCAAGAGUUAUAUACACAGUGCUCUGAAGAUCUUCAAGGCAGCGGAAGAAUGCAGAUUAGAUCGUGAUGAGGAAAGGGCCUAUGUGCUAUAUAUGAAAUUUAUGACUGUUUAUAAUCUUAUCAAAAAGAGACCUGAUUUCAAGCAACAGCAGGACUACUUUCAUUCAAUGCUUGGACCUACAAACAUCAAAAAAGCCAUCGAAGAAGCUGAAAGACUCUCUGAAAGCCUUAAACUGAGAUAUGAAGAAGCUGAAGUUCGGAAAAAACUUGAAGAAAAGGACAGACAGGAGGAAGAGCAGCUGCAACAACAGAAAAGGCAGGAAGCAGGAAGAGAGGAUAGUGGCGCAUUGGCUAAAGGUUCUUUGGAGAAUGUAUUGGAUUCCCAAAACAAAACCCAAAGGAUCAAUGGUGAAAAGAGUGAAAAAAAGGAAACUGCGGAGAAAGGAGUGGUCACAGCAAAGGAACUGUAUACAAUGAUGAUGGAUAAAAACAUCAGCUUGAUUAUAAUGGAUGCUCGAAGACUGCAGGAUUAUCAGCAUUCUUGCAUUUCAAAUUCUCUCAGUGUUCCUGAAGAAGCUAUUAGUCCAGGAGUCACUGCUAGUUGGAUUGAAGCAAACCUCCCAGAUGAUUCUAAAGACACAUGGAAGAAGAGGGGGAAUGUGGAUUAUGUGGUACUUCUUGACUGGUUUAGUUCUGCAAAAGAUUUACAUCUUGGAACAACUUUACAGAGCCUGAAAGAUGCACUUUUCAAGUGGGAAAGUAAAAGUGUUCUGCGCAAUGAGCCUUUGGUUUUAGAGGGAGGCUAUGAAAACUGGCUCCUUUGCUAUCCGCAGUACACAACAAAUGCUAAAGUCACUCCACCCCCACGAGGCAAGAAUGAAGAGGUGUCUAUCUCAUUGGAUUUUACUUACCCUUCAUUGGAAGAGUCAGUUCCUUCCAAGCCUCCUGCCCAGAUGCCACCUUCUCUUGUAGAAGGAGAUAAAAAUACAGACUUGAUAAGUGAUCAAGAUGAGAGAAUGGGAACACUGACUAUGUCAGCAACAGGUGAACCAACUACUGCUUCCAAAGCUGAUGUUUCAUCCACACUUCAGCCAGUGCAUAUUUCAAAGAAUAUCCCACAGAUUGAUCGUACUAAAAAACCAGCAGUCAAAUUGCCUGAGGAUCAAAGGAUAAAAUCUGAAACAGAUCAUGAGCAACAGUUACCUCAGAGUGGAAAAGUUCUUCCUGAUCGAUCUACCAAGCCAGCAUUUCCCCCUCCAACUGUCAUGUUAACUGCUGAAGAAAAAGCUCGUAUUCAUGCAGAAACUGUGCUUCUAAUGGAGAAAAACAGACAGGAGAAGGAACUUCGGGAAAGGCAGCAAGAAGAACAGAAAGAAAAGCUGAGAAGGGAAGAACAAGAGCAAAAAGCCAGAAAGAAACAAGAACCUGAAGAAAAUGAAAUCACAGAAAAUCAACAAAAAGCAAAAGAAGAAAUAGAGAAGAGAGAGAGUGAACAAACCAAGAAAGAAGAUAAAGAAACCUCAGCAAAAAGGAGCAAAGAAAUAACAGGAAUAAAAAGACAAAGUAAAAGUGAGCAUGAAACUUCUGAUGCCAAGAAAUCUGUAGAAGAUAGAGGAAAAAGAUGUCCAACUCCAGAAGUACAGAAAAAGUCAACAGGAGAUGUGCUCCCUGCAUCCGUGACAGCAGAUGCAAGUGCAGGCAAGGCUCAACGAGAACCUUUGACAAGAGCACGAAGUGAAGAAAUGGGGAGGAUUGUACCAGGACUGCCAUUAGGCUGGGCCAAGUUUCUUGAUCCAAUCACUGGAACUUUUCGUUAUUAUCAUUCACCUACCAACACUGUUCAUAUGUAUCCACCGGAAAUGGCUCCUUCGUCCGCACCUCCUUCCACCCCUCCGACUCAUAAAGCCAAGCCCCAGAUUUCUGCUGAGCGAGACCGGGAGCCAUCCAAACUGAAGCGCUCCUACUCCUCCCCAGAUAUCACCCAGGCCAUUCAGGAGGAAGAGAAGAGGAAGCCAGCACUAAUUCCAGCAGUUAAUCGGGAAAACAAGCCAACAUGCUACCCCAAAGCUGAGAUCUCCAGACUUUCUGCUUCACAGAUUCGGAACCUCAAUCCUGUUUUUGGAGGAUCUGGACCAGCUCUUACUGGUCUUCGUAAUUUAGGAAAUACUUGUUACAUGAACUCAAUUCUACAAUGCCUAUGUAAUGCUCCACAUUUGGCUGAUUACUUCAAUAGGAACUGUUACCAGGAUGAUAUAAACAGGUCAAAUUUGCUGGGGCAUAAAGGUGAAGUGGCAGAAGAAUUCGGUAUAAUCAUGAAAGCUCUAUGGACAGGACAGUACAGGUACAUCAGUCCAAAAGACUUUAAAGUCACCAUUGGAAAGAUUAAUGACCAGUUUGCAGGAUACAGCCAGCAAGAUUCACAAGAAUUGCUUCUGUUCCUCAUGGAUGGUCUCCAUGAAGAUCUAAAUAAAGCUGAUAAUCGGAAGAGACACAAAGAAGAAAACAAUGAUCAUCUUGAUGACUUUAAAGCUGCAGAACACGCGUGGCAGAAACAUAAGCAGCUCAACGAGUCCAUUAUUGUUGCACUGUUUCAGGGUCAGUUCAAAUCCACAGUGCAGUGCCUCACCUGCCACAAAAAGUCUAGGACAUUUGAGGCCUUUAUGUAUCUGUCUCUACCCCUAGCAUCCACAAGUAAAUGUACAUUACAGGAUUGCCUUAGAUUAUUUUCCAAAGAAGAAAAACUCACAGAUAACAACAGGUUUUACUGCAGUCAUUGCAGAGCUCGACGGGAUUCUCUAAAAAAAAUAGAAAUCUGGAAGUUGCCACCUGUGCUUUUAGUGCAUCUGAAACGUUUUUCCUAUGAUGGCAGAUGGAAGCAAAAAUUACAGACAUCUGUGGACUUCCCACUUGAAAAUCUUGACUUGUCACAGUAUGUUAUUGGUCCAAAGAACAGUUUGAAGAAAUAUAAUCUGUUUUCUGUUUCAAAUCACUACGGUGGGCUGGAUGGAGGCCACUACACUGCCUACUGUAAAAAUGCAGCAAGACAGCGGUGGUUUAAGUUUGAUGAUCAUGAAGUUUCUGAUAUCUCUGUUUCGUCUGUGAAGUCCUCGGCAGCUUAUAUCCUCUUUUAUACUUCACUGGGACCACGAGCAACUGAUGUAGCCACGUAAAGAGCUGUAGGCUGUGAGCUAGUUAUGUUUAAACGUUCAGCAGCACAACUCUUGAAAUGCUUCCAGAGGUGAUGGGAAGCAGUGCUGGCUCUCAGAGGAAUUGUAAGGCAGUGGAGCUGUGUUGUUAGCACCAUAUAGUUCAGGUCAGUGCUACUACAAAACUGACAGCAUUUAACAAGUAUCACAGCAAGCAUCCCUUACAGGUACCAUUUAUGUCAAAACAACUUUUUUAGUCUGCUCCAAAGGAAAAAUAAUUAACUAGAUCAAUCCUUAUUACUCUGCUGGUCUGAAAACCAUGGUAACCUUCGUUUGCCUUUUCACAUUUCUAAUCCUAGCCUGAUCUAUGAAUACUCUAGGAUGACGUAAAGCAGGUAGAAUGUAUGUGUACAUGUUUAUUGCACACUUGCACAUCAGAUUGAUGUACAUAGUUUAACAUGUGGUCCUUUUGUGAAGCCUAGAACUCAGAGGAUUGCUUUUGUUUUGUUUCCUUUUGACCUAUUCUGAGUAACUGCAGUGCUUUCAUGGGGAAAUGACAGGGCAAAGCUAUUUUUCUGUUGGCUUUAGGCUGUAUUUGUGCACUAAAUCUUUAUUCUAAAAAAAGAAACUUUCUUUAAUUUUUUAAAUGAGAAUUUCAUUUACAUCUACAUUAAAAUCUUAAUGAGAAAAAAUAACUUAAAACCCUGUAAGUGUUCUGUCUUUAAUGCUAUAUAAUCAAUACAAGAUAGUAGAACCAUAGAUUUUAUACAUGCAUACAACCUUUAUUUCACCACCACUCAUUCUAUACUUAUUUUACUUACCCUGUUGAAUCAGGAUUCACUUCCAGUUCUCCCUUAGCACCAGAACUGCAUGUAGCCACUUAGGAUUCUUAAGAUUGAAAGUCAAAAUAAUGCCCAGACUUAUGCCAUAUCAUAAAGAAUUCUUAAAACUACCUAAAGAUAUUACCAUUAGUGAACUCUCAAGGAGAAGAGGAAAGCAUGGGGUUUUGGAUUGGUUACUGUUCAUGUCCUGUAAUGAAUCAAAAAAGACAGAUUGCUGUGUCAGAUAUUUUCAGAUCACAUUCUUAAGCUAAUGGAGCCAUGUGAACUUUUCGCCUUAGUGCUGGGUAUUGAACUCAGGGCCUUACACAUGUUCAGGAAGCUCUUUACCACUUGAGCUAUACACCCACAACUAUGAAAAAAAAUUUUUAGCUCCAUGAAUUAUCUUUGGAAAAUUAUUUGUUGACUAUAUGUAAUUAUGAGAUUCAUUAUGAUAGAAAUCCACCCUAAUAAACAUUGGAUUUUGAAACCUGAACUCUUUGCAAUCUGCAGUGUGUAGAAGGCCCUCCAUCAAUUGGCACUGUAUUAUUUUCAUGCUGCCUUUUCCAAAAUGAGCCAUGACCCAUCACCCAUCAUCUCUUAUAUACAAGAUGUAACAAUAUUAGCAAUGCAAGUAAGUUGUAAAGAGUUUAAUGACAAAGCAAAACCUUUCUGAUUGCAUGUUUUGCAAUUUCAGGCAACAGUUUUCCUAGCUCUUGCAUUUCUGUAUCGGUGUAGAAAAGGACUGGCAGCUAUAGAACAGGAGAUAGGCUGUAGAGGUUUGAACUGAAGUGUCUGGAAUCUCACUGACUCGUGUGUCAUCAAAGCUGUACCAGGCCUGGGUUACAGAGUUCUUGCAGAAAGCAGUGUAGUGGCCACCAUCCAGAUCACCAAAGUGGUUCUAAGGGAGGAAGGAAUGUCAGACUUAGCACUCACAUGAGAAUGCGCUAACUACUGGAAUAAGAGAGAGGACCAAGAUGACAGCUUUUAAAAUUGUCCCUUAUGCUACAUUAAAAGGAAAUGAUUUUGUUAAAUCAUUAUAUAUAUAUAUAUGGCCUGACUGCUGUUUUAUUUUUCGUUUCAUUGGAACUACUUACA